AUGCAACUUCCACCCUAUAAACCUCCAAACAAAAUCCGAAAAGCCAUUCUUGUCCGACCAAAGGAGCCCCAGGAAGGAAAAAAUGCUAAAAGACGCAACGGGUGCGAUUCUAUAGCAGACACUCUUGCCAAGUGGAAGCACUAUAACCAAGAACUUGAUUCUGCCAACCAAGGAGUAAACAGGAAGAGAAAGGUCCAAUCCUUGGGCUCCAAGAAGGGAUGUAUGCCGGGAAAAGGCGGGCCUGAGAACUCCGGUUGCAGCUACAGAGGUGUUAGGCAGAGGACGUGGGGCAAGUGGGUGGCUGAAAUUCGAGAACCCAACACUUUAAGGGAACUUGGUAAGGGGAGAAGAAGGCUGUGGCUGGGUUCCUUCUCCACUGCAGAGGAAGCAGCUCGUGCCUAUGAUGAAGCUGCAAGGGCCAUGUAUGGUUCUUCCGCCCGUCUCAACUUUCCUGAGGACAGUCAACAAUCAGUUGAGUUCUCUCAAGACUCCACAUCAACUACAACCAGCACAUCGCCCCCCAAAUCUAUAGAAAGACCAAAUAAGUUUGGGACUAGCUUUGCUGAGGAAUCAAGUGUAGAACCUGAGUGCCCUGUUGUUUGUCCAAAAGACAAUAAUAGUACACCUUCCGACGAGGUAGAAGUUGAGACACCUAUGGAUGAGGAAAAUUGCGAAAAUGCCACAGAUACUGGUGGCUGCUAUGGCUCCGGUAAUGAGCUUGAGUACUUCCAGAAUUUGUUGACACAAGAAACCUAUGAUUUUGGUCAAUUACCAAUUGUUACUUCCCCUUCUAAUGAUGUUGAAUUCAAGACCCCAAUAAUAUGGCAAGCAAAUAAUGAAGAACUUGAGGAGAGUCCAGAGAACAGUGACCAUCAUGGCUUCAACAAAGGCUUCUGGGAUUUGUUAUUGGGAGGACCAUCUGACAUUGAGCCUUUAAAUCUAAUAGGUACUGAUAACCCUGCAUUGGAGCAAUCUGGGAAGUAUAAUUUCGGUGAUUUUUCAUUUACUACCAUGUCUUGGACUGGUUAUGAAGUUGAGACGCCAGGAAUGAAGGAAGAAAAGAAAGAACAACUUGAGGGAAUCACGGAUUACAGUGGUCAUCAUGGCUUCUACGAUAAGCAUAGUCACUUCCGAGCAUUCGAAGAAACAAUUAACAGUAAAGGUUCUGAGGCAAUCAAUACUGAUAAAUCAUGGACACAAGAAGGGAACUAUGAUGAUGAUCAACUCCUGUUGCCUUUAGAAGGUCACAUGCAGUUUGGGAGACCAUCUGAUUGCUGCCCCCAGUCUCAAAACCCAGAUGCCCAACCGCUCAGAGAAUUGCACCACAUUGGGGAGACAGAUGCCAGUGUGGAUUACAAACUGGAUUCCUUGGAACCUGAAAGCUCUCUUGACUUCAAUGAUCCAAAGUUGCUAGAAUCAUGGUUCCCUGAUUUAGGAUUUUAG